CUUUUUCUUUUUUUUCUGCAGGAAAUCACAUGGAGGUGCCAUCACACUCACAUGACAGUCUGAACUAUGGAAGGGGACAUCAAUGAAGGGUCAGUCCCUUCAUACUAUCGUGAAGUACACCAGGCAAUCUGCAGCAGAACGGAUGAACGGGUGCAGAUCAGUGUAUUCCAGAGACUUCUGAGCAGAACCGCCCUCUCCAUCACUGUUCAGAACCAGAUAACUGAACAUGUGAACGGUGCUGAUGGAUUCCUUAAUAAAGUGUCACUGUACAAAGGCUUGGCUCUGAUUGCUUUGGCUCAGCAAGGAAAGCCACCGAGUCCCAAACUGUUGGAGAAUUUCAUACAAGAGCUCCCGAAGCCUCAGCUGGGAGAACCAAAGGAGCUGCAGAGUCUGAGGAUGCAGCUGGUUCAGGAGAAUCCUUUAAUCUUGUCUUUGACUCUGGCAGAGCUGCUGAUGAAGGACACCAUCAAAGUUGAGCUCAUUCCUGAGAAGAAGGGAUUGUUUCUUAAACAUGUGGAGUAUCAGGUGACCAGUGAGCGUUUUAAAGUAUCGGUCUACAGACGCUACAGUGAUUUUGACGUCUUCCAUGAGCUCCUGCUGCAGAGAUAUGCUUACAGAAUCGUGCCUGCACUACCUCCCAAAAGAGUGUUGAAAGGAGUGCUGACCUCUGUGUCAGAACGGGAGUUCAUUGAGGGCCGAAGACGGGCGCUGGCCAGGUUUCUGAAUCUUGUGGCACGGCACCCUUUCUUCUCUGAGGAUGAGCUUGUCAGGACGUUCUUAACUUUCAGUGGCUCGGAUGUACAAACUAAGCUUCGAGAUGCAUGCAAAAAGUUGGGUGAUGAGUUUAUGACAUGCAGUUAUGCAACGCAGGCCAAGGAUUACCUCCCAGCUGAUAUCCAGGGUCAGUUUUCACUCAGCCGGGAGCUGAUCAGAAAUAUCCAUAACAGUUUUCAGAAGUUACGGGACAGGGCAGAGAAAAUGGCCGAGCGCUCUAAGGAGAACGCCACAGAUCUGCAGAUGUUUGGGAAGGAACUGAGCUGCCUGGGAUCAGAUGAGACAUCUGUGCCUGUUCUGGCAUCCGGCAAGAGUCCCUGGGUCGCUCUCAAACAAGCUGUCAAAGGCCUCUCUGUAGAGUUCUCACUUCUGUCUGAAAAAGCUGCGGAACAGGGCAGAAGAGAGGAAGACGAUGUGGUGGAAAAACUAAAUCUGUUCCUGGACCUGCUGCAGUCGUACAAGGACUUGUGUGAACGGCACGAGAAGGGGGUCUUGCACGAGCACCAGCGAGCGCUUCAGAAGUACGGCGUGAUGAAGAGGCAAAUGAUGAGCGCCACAGUGCAGCCUAAAGAGCAGGUUUCUGUAGAACAGCUGGAGUCCCGCAUCGUUCAGCAAGAGAAUGCCAUUCAAGCCAUGGAGCUGCGCAACUACUUCUCCCUGUUCUGCCUGCACCAGGAGAGCCAUCUUAUAUUCACAUAUCUGCCCAUCACGUCUCACAUCCUGGGGGCAUUUGUCAACUCCCAGGUGCAAGGACACAAAGAGAUGGGUGAGGUGUGGCAAGAUCUUCAUUCCAAGCUAAAGUGUCUUUUUGGCGACAGUAACGGAGUUCAGACUCCACCUCUUAACCCAAAAUAGCCAGUCUUUGUGUUUUUGCAGUUGAAUGUAGAAAUGAAAAAGCUAUUUCAGGCCUGUUUUCAGGAACAACUGACAGUGGAUGUUGUUUUAAAGCACUAACAUGCAUUGCAAAGAGUAAUGGGAUUAAGGAUUCCCUUAAAUAGCUAUGUGACAAAAGAGACCCUGAUUUUCUACACUUAUAUGAGCAAGCUGACACUAAAAUAUGACUAUUGCUGCUGAGGAUAAUUUUAGAAAAUGCUAAUAUAGAAAAGAUGGUUGAAUUUGAACACUGUAUUUCUAACAAUGUUUUACAUUUACUGUUUAUGUAUACAAAUUUGUAUUGUAUAGAUAGAAAGAUGGAAAAUGGUAGAUGCUAUCUUAGGUCUAAAAAUAAAUGUGCAGAGACUAUAAUAGUAGCCAUGACCAGAAGUGGGUGUUAAACAUUGAACAGCAGUUGAACGUACAGCAAAAAGCUGAAUUAUGUAGAUAUUUUAGAUAUCUAUUAUUGUAGAUCGUUGCAAAGCCAUCAUAGUUUUUGGCCUUUGCUUUGACACUGAGAUGUUAUUGCCAGACUAAGAUUAUCUGCUGUUUGUCUUUUUGUUCUAAUCAUCAGACUUGCACUUAAUGUGACAGCAGUUUUGUUUUCACAUUUAAUUUUAUAGUCAUUUAUAAGUUAAAAAAUGCUUUAUAGUUUUGCGAAAUGUGAAAGGUAUUUUGAAAUCAAACCUUGAUGCUUGUUAGUUUAUAAUUUGAUUCUGAGACAUUAACCUGGUUUUCAGACUAUGGAAUUCCCAGACUGCUGUUAAGAUACUAUGAAAUGUUUCCUUGAAACAUUAACAGAAUGCUUUUUUAUUUUUAAUACACAACGCUGUUGAAAUUGUAUUUCAUGCAAAAGUUUGUCUUCAUUGUUUAAUUUUGUAUUAAACACCUGAACAGAG